ACUCACUGCUCAGCUCCACGAGCAACGACAACAGUUGAGCCGACCGGAGCCGAGCUGGAUGAACCGAUCGGGCUUACCAGAACUGGGCUCUUAUUGCUGUGAUGGUUAUAUAAAGCUCUUCGGUCCCUUAUCUCAAGCCACUAUACGCCCGAUCCGGGUUAGUUCAUGCGGAGGGCCGAACAGGGGCUGCGGAGGAUCUACGAAUUGCUGGGAGAGGGAACUAGGAUGAUGAUCGAGUGGGCACUGGACACACUGGAGACGCUGGAGCCCAAGAGGCAACACGAGUCACAGGGCGAAUCGACGACCGUGCUGUGGAAUUGGGCUCUUAUCUCUCCGAACUUGGCCACCAAGUGCCGUCCGGCGUCAACUUCCUCUUCGCACCUCAGGAAUUGGAAUCCGAACUCGGGACAUCUCAAAUUCUAGUUCAUUCACGAUUCAGAGUCUCAGAGUCUCAGACCCAAAAUGGCCGCCCCUCCCGCCUCUGCCUUGACAUCCUCGAACCCCUCAACCAUCGCCCAAGAAAUGUCCAGGGACCCAGGGACAUUUUUCGUCAAUGGCCGCAUCCUCGCCAAAGCCGGCGCCGGGCUAGAAGGCCAGCCCACCUUCGCUGAUUCCAUGUUCGUCCGCAACGGCGUCAUCGCCGCCAUUGGGUCCCGUGACAACAUCGCAUCGCAGCUGAACCUCCCAGCCGACGUGACCGUCACCGACCUGAACAACAAGACCGUUCUCCCGGGCUUCGUCGACGGUCACAUGCACAUCUUCCUGCUGGGCCAGUCCCUCCGCAAGGUAGAUCUCAAGCACUGCAAAAACCUCGACGACAUCCGGGCCACCGUGAAAGCCUACGCGACAUCACACCCGGAGGUGCCGCGCAUCCUCUGCAAGGGCUGGAUGCACUCCAUGACCCCGGGCGACGUGACCGCCUCGCUGCUCGACGACAUCGACCCGCGCGCCAUCUUCAUCGACUCCAAGGACCUGCACUUCACCUGGUGCAACUCCGCCGGCCUCGCCGAGCUGGGCGUGGCGGACAUGCCCGACCCAGCGGGCGGAACCAUCUACCGCGACGCCGACGGCAAACCCUCCGGCGUCCUGAGCGAAGGCGCCGUCCUCUCCAUCGUAUGGCCCCACCAAGCCCUCGUCGCCUCCCCCGAAGACCGCCAAGCCGCCAUCCUCGCCGCCAUCCAAACCUACAGCGCAGCGGGGUACACCGGCCUCGUGGAAAUGGCCAUGGACGAACCCAUCUGGGACGCCCUCAUCGCCCUCCGAGCGUCGAACCCGGACCUUCUCCCCAUGCGCAUCGCCGCCUACUGGCUCAUCAAACCCGCCGCCGACCCGGAAGCCCGCCUGCGCCAGGUCCGCCGCGCCGCCGAGCUGCACGCCCAACUCAACGCCACCACGUCCCCCGACCUCCGCAUCGCGGGGAUCAAAGUCAUAUGCGACGGCGUAAUCGACGCCUGCACCGCUUUCGUCUCCGAACCCUACGGCGCCCCCGGCCCCGGAUCCCCUACGCCCCACGGCCCCCACCCGCCGCCCAUCUGGACCCCCGAGGACCUCGCCCCCGUCGUCCGCGCCGCCGACGACGCGGGAUUGCAGAUCGCACUGCACGCCAUAGGCGACGCUGCCGUCCGCACCGCCGUGGACGCGCUCGAGAACCUGCACCACGCCUCGCCCGGCCGCCAGCGGCGUCAUCGUAUCGAGCACCUCGAGCUCGUGUCCCCCGAAGACGCGAAACGGCUCGGAAAGGCCGGCAUCACGGCGUCUAUACAACCCGUGCACGCCGACCCGGCUAUCCUGCGCGCCUGGCCGCGGCUCCUGGGCCGGGAGCGGUGCGGGCGGGCAUUCGCGUACCGGGAGUUCGCGGACGGCGGGGCGCUGCUGGCGUUGGGGAGCGAUAGUCCCACGGCGCCUUGGGAGCCGCUGCACAAUGUCUAUGUCGCGACCACGAGGCGGUCGGCUAGGGAGCCGGAGUGUGAGGAGGUGGUGAACGAGCAUUUUCGGUUGGGGGUUUGCGAGGCUAUCGCGGCGGCCACUGAGGGUACGGCCGCAAGUGUGUUCGCCGAGGGGAGGGUUGGGAGUCUUGCAGUGGGGAAGAUGGCUGAUUUUGCCGUGUUUGAUAUGGAGUGGGAUGCGAAGAGCCUUUUGAAGUCGGCGUUGAAGGAGACUUGGUUUAGUGGGAGGAGGGUAUUCAAGUCUGAGAAGUGAAGGAGAGAUCUAGGUACUACGACGUCCACGAGGGUAUUAUACAUGCAAACGCUUGACUACGCCAACGGAUUAUAUGACCCCUGAACACGAGACAUAAGUUCACGGUCUGUCCCAUCAUCAUCAGAACAGAUGGAAUCAACAUUUCGGCGGCCUGUCAUUGUCAGGAUAGAAUUGAUGGGUCUGGGAGCCGUGAUCGGACCUACGUAGCAACCAUCUGCCAU